GAUUUCUUGUUACUUCUUCUUGUAGAGGUUAAGCAAUGAAGUAGAACACGGACAGUUUCCGUGGCAGCAACAACAGAAUCAAGAUUACGCAUUCUCACAGCAGCAACAUCUACAGUUUCAACAGCAGCAACAUCAGCAUCUGGAGUAUGCACAACCACAACUGCCACAGGAACAGUUUAUGCCACAGCCCCAGCAACAACUACAGCCCCAGCAACAGCACCAGCAACAAGUACAUGAUCAGGAAAUCCUCUUUAAUGGAAUUACAAAGGAACAAUUAUCCGGAAAGGUGAAACACCUUGCCUUCUCUAAGGCAUGCAAAACCUUGUGUAGGAUGAUGUUUAAGGACAGUGAGAGAGAGGGGCACUCUGUUUCCGGCAUGGGGGAGAAGCCGGGUCUUGACAAGGAGAAACUUGAACAGUUAUAUGACAUCAUGAGGCAGCAGUUUCCUGGACCACAGAGCAGCAAUCAGGCCAUCAACAUUAAGCUUGCAUGAGUGUUGAAGCCAUCUGCAACUCCUUAGAAGUCUUAAAGUGUCAAUAGUAGAUAAAUCCAAAACAUAGAUCCAGCAUUUUCCGCAAGAUUCAGUAAUUUCCGUGGAGAUUCUGCAUUUUCCACGAAGAUUCAGCAUUUUCCGCGGAGAUGAAGCACUCUCUGUGGAAAUUCAUUGACAAUCUCUGCCGAAAUACAUUGGCAACCUCCGGGGAGGUCAACCUGUAAUUUCCACGGAGUUCAGUUAACUCCGUGGAAGUUUGGCAGCAUUCUCUAUGGAGAAAUCCCUAGUCUUUUGUUUUUUCUCUGCGGAAUCUACACGGAAUAUCAUUCCCAAUACUCCAUGGAGCAAAUUUCCAUGGAAAAUGCGUAGCGAAAUCCAUGAAGAUUUUGGUCAUGAAGCUACUAGUGCCAUCGUUACUGAUCGCCCGCAUUCCUCAGCCUCCAGUGCCAAUGGUAUCAUUAUCAUCAUGUACUUACACAGCAGAGCAGCUGCUUUUGAUGAGGCCAAGGAAGAGAAAAGGGGCAAGUCCUCACACGGCGGCGCAAGUGUAUUUUGGGAGUCUUUUGAAGGACUCUGCUAAAAAUGUACGUCUCUGGAGUAAAGCACCAUGUCUUUGUGACAUCAGUGAAAAGCAAAGAACAUUAUUCAUGAAAGGAAUUGUCAGAGGUGCUCCUGUUCUGGACAAUCCACAACAUUUAGAGGAGGUGUGGAGCAGGCUUGGACAGUCAUUCGAAAACCGCAGAAAAUAUCUUCAAGAUAUAGCCUCCGGAAAGAACACGCUAAAAAUAUCCAGAAUUCCACAUGCCUCAAAAUCAAAUGACCAGCGUCAACCAUGUCAACCAAAUGCAAGUCCAUCAGAAGUUGUAAGUCUAUUAGCAAAGAACAAACGAGAUGUGAUAUGCAAAGCACUGUAUAUGUACAUAACCAAGAAAGACGAAAUUUUCUCCGAAGUGGCCCUGACCGACCUUUAUUUGCAAAAUGCAACGGAGGAGGAUGUUGAACUACCUAAACCCUUUUUGUAUGAGAACAUUCUAACUCAAAAACUGUUGAGAAAGAAAAUAGUGUGGAGAACUGAACGCGUAGGAAAAUGGGCUGCUGGUUCGAAUUCACAAAUUAUUUCAGCUCAGAAAACAAACUGUAAUCAGGAACUGUCAGUGUCGCAACAAAUAUCACAGAAAAGUAAGAGUUCUUCAACUGUUACGUCGCCUACAACGUUAACUAGACUACAGACUCAAGGGUUCAGUUCAAUUUUACCAAUAAUCAGGACAUUGAUUGGUGAACUUUUUCUUUAAUGCAGGAAGUGUAAAACAUUUUUGUACAUUAAUAUAAUACAUGAAGUUUAUUUUCUAGGAGCAGGCGCUUUCAGGGCAUAUGAAGUGUGGCUGCAGAAGCAUCCCUAGAAAUGCCAACUCUUGUGAGAACAUCUAACAUGAGGAAAUACAUGGCUACCAUGUUGCAGGCUCUCAAUACUACUGAAGCAGACAGACAGUGGGUCUUGGAUCAUUUAGGGCACACAAUGGAAGUACACAAAAUUCAUUCCCGGAUGACGUCAGACAUUCUGGAAAGGGUGGAUGUCGCAAAGAUUCUGUUGAUACAAGAUAUGGGUUUGGUCGGACAAUUUAAGGGAAAAAGACUUGAGGACAUUCAGUUAAAUGGUGUUGUUAUCAGAUGGCCAUCAAAUUUACGUCAAUGAAACAAAGCUGGCACUGAAAAGUGAGAGUCGAAGGACUUGGUCCCUGCUGGACUACUUCUUGGCGCCAAAGUAUCUGGCUGUUCAUAGCGCAACAGGGGGAAAAUCGACCAAACCCGCCCUGCCAGGCAAAAUUAUUCUGGCAAUAAAAGUGUUUCAGGACAUAAGAUGCAUCCUUGAAUACCAUCAUCAACAGAAAAUGUCUGGACAGCAAAAGAUACAUUUGAAUGGAAAAAGACAUUUCCGAAGAUGGAGUCCAUGCAGUCAAAUUUUAAAAUCAUAUAUAAAAUAUUUGAAUGACAUGGAUAUUGUUUUUUAGUUCUUU